GUAUCUUGUUUGUGCAAAUGAGGAGUAAAAUCAUCAUUUGAAACCUGUACCUUAUUUAAAAUUGAAAAUUUCAAGUGUACCAUGUAAUUGAAAUAACAUUUGGUGAUAUUGGGACAAAAAUAUAAUCAAAGAUAUAAACUAGCUGAUGUAUUAGUAAGAUUUGAAUUUUAAAAGUUGUAUGAUACAACGUAAGAGUUUAACACAAAUAAUAUAUUGUUUCAUCUUUAAAGGCAACACUGAAUUUUAGAUGGAGCUUCUUUGAUUACUGUACAGUAAAUCUAUCUUAGAUAGUAAGAUAAUUAAGUUCAGAUCAUUAGAAUAGUACGGUAUACUGAAUGAGCAGACUAUAUGUGUUUUUUUGAAAUUUGGUACUAGUAUACCAGUACACUUGAAAUUCCUGAGGUUUUCCAAGUCCACUUGAUAAUGUUAACACAAGAUUAGUGAGUCAUUGUGUAACAUGUUUAAAAUGCACACUAUUUGGAAAGAUCAUGUUAAUAUAGUGUAGAAUUUCAUCUCUGAUCGCCAUGGUUUCUUGUUCCUCUGUUCCUUAUGAUAUAGACCGGGAAUUAGAAGAAGUGUUUGAAAAUCUCAAUAAGUCUCUUGAUGAUCUUUUUAAUGUUGACAGACUACCAGACUAUCACACACCUGUCCGCCAGACCCCAAAUUUCCAGCGGCGUAGUGUCAAAACUCCUGCAACAUUCUACGUACCACAACAAGCAGCCGGCAAUGUAAUCGGCAGCAGAGCCCAGGUGCCGACCCGCUCCAAUGUCCAAUCAAACGUCAGCUCACUGGAGACUCGGUCCCAGCAGUUGUCUCCCCUCACUCAACAGAGAAAUACUCAGAGUGCCCCUCCAAAUAUAGCCCAGCUGUCCCAGGGGCUUCAGAACCUGAGCGCGGGGGACCGAUCAGAGGGGGCCUCAGGCUCCACCAGUUCCCUGACCAACCAAGGUUCCACCACCAGCCAGGGGACCAUAGCUUCUUCGGGGUACGGGAGUGGUCCUCAGCCGGCUGUGUCAGAGGGCCAGCAGGGGGCAGGGCAGAGAAACAACCUUGGAGCCAUCAGAGAAGAUUUCCAUGAAGCGGGUAACCUUGGCGGGGCCCAGGGUAACUUCACAGACUACCACAGCCAGUUUGAUGAGAAUUACCAAAUUCAGCAGUACCAUGAGGAGAUCAGGAACCACUAUGCACAGCAAAGUGGAGGUCAUGUGAGCAGCACGCAGCACAGUCUGCAGUCCAGCACACAGCAGUCCAGCACAAGUUCAUCAUCCUCCUCUGCGUACAAUGAUGAGUUCCCCCUCCCCCCAGGAUGGUCACUGGACUGGACCGUGAGGGGGAGGAAGUAUUACAUUGACCACAACACCCAGACGACCCACUGGAGCCACCCCCUGGAGAAAGAGAGCCUUCCCACGGGCUGGGAGAGGAUUGAGAACAAGGAGUAUGGGGUUUACUAUGUCAACCAUUAUUUACAAAUCGCACAAGUAAACCACCCUUGUUCCCCUACCCAGGGGAAUGUCAGAUACAGCCACCCUCCCCACCUCCCUCGCCAGAUUGAGUAUCGAGCGACCAGGCAGGACGGCAUGCUUGUUCCUGCCAACCCAUACCUCCAUACAGAGAUUCCCAAAUGGCUGGUUGUAUACUCUAAGGGAGCUCGAGAACACGAUCACAAGCUGAAGUGGGAUCUGUUCCGCCUGAAUGAAAUUGAGGUCUUUGAUGCUAUGUUGAUGCGCCUUCAUAAACAAGAACUGGAGCAGAUAGUGAUGAGCUAUGAAGCGUAUCGCAGUGCCCUGAUUCGAGAGAUGGAGCGAAGGAAGAAAGAAAACCAAGUUCCCUCACAGAGCCGGGCUCUUCCUCAGAGUGUGGAGCACCAAAAACAAAUUCAAAAUGAGGGACUCCUGCCUGGAAGGCUUUAUAACAUCAGUGCCAAAGGAUCAGGGCAACCCCCCUCCCAAGGGGCUACCCCAGGCAUUCAGCAAAAUGUUGGUCAUGGAUUUCCUCGAAAUGUGGAUCAAAUAUCUGCUAUACCUGUCACUAUUGGCUUGCCACAGGCUGUGCAAGGUCCAAUGGUCCAACAAAAUAUGGUGCAUGCAAAUUUGAAUUUCAAAACUGCUACUCCUGCUGCUCCAAGUAAUCCUGCUAAUCUUCCACAAGGGGUGAAUCCCGCUGCAGGACAGCAAGGAACAACUGCAGCAGAGAGGAUGAUGAUGUUACACAGUCAGGCAUCAGAAAACCAGUUUGCAAUGCAGAAGACUGUGACAACUCAACAUCACCUGAUGCAGCAGCAUCAGCAAAUUCAACAGCAACUAGAGCAGCUGAGACAAGAACAAUUGCAGAGACAUCUGCAACAACAGUUGAUUCAGCAAAGGCUGAUGCAGCAGCAACAUAUGCAGAGUGUUCAAUUUCAUGGUUCACCAAUGUUGCCUACCCAUAAGCCCUUGUCUCAGAACUUUGUCUCCCAGCAGCCUCUUGGCAGCCAAGUGCAACAUUACACACCAUACACAGCCAAUCAGCAGACAAUUAACCAGCAACCACAGAGCUACCCCGCCCACCCAACCACCACCUCCCAGCACCCAUCAACCUCUCCCCAUGCUCCUUUACAAGUCUAUCCACAACUUGCAACAUCAGGUCAAAUGCCUGUACCACAUCUACAGCCCCUCCAGAGUAUUCCACAGGGCUACCCCCAGUUGGUUGUUUCAUCGUCUUCACCCUCAGCCCAGUCCCAAGGUACCCCCCAGCAAGCUUUCUCCGUUCCUUCCUCGCAGCCAAUGGUGCCUUCCAGUUUCCCACCACAAUCCCAAACACAGCCACAGUCCAAGUCCAUUACACAGAACAUCGAAACCAAAGUUUAACACCAGGGUGUGCCAUACUCACUGAGAACAAAUAUUGUAUGUUUAUUACUUGUGUAUUACAUAUGUAUUUCCUUCACAUCUUGUUAUUUUGAUACUCAGUGUAAUGGAUGCAUUAGUUCAAAGGUUGUUGUUGUUUUUUUUAUUUUAAUGAUAUAAUAUUUACUGGUCAAACCAAGAUAUCCUCCUUAAAUCCAAGGCCGUGUUCUAGCUAAGCUAUUGUUUUCAAGAGGACUCUUUUGAACUCUGUUUAAUUUUUAUUCUGUUACUGCCUGUAAAACUUCUAUUGUACAUAAGUUGUAGUUUACAAUUGGCUGUAAAUGAAUAUAAUGUUCAGUCUAGAUGCUACCAUGUUCAAAACCUAGUCUCUUUAUAUAUUACUUACAUGUACUAGUAUACCCCUGCUCCAAAGAAAUUUGGGUUUUUUUGUAUAAUCUUGUAUGUCUGUCUGUCCAUAACAAAUAUCUAUCCUAUUUAAUUGCAGAUGCUUGAAAUCUUAAUACACUUUUGUUAAGGUAUGCUAUAUGUUGAGAAUCAUUUUUGUACCAAAUCAGAUGUCAGCUUCCUGUUAAAUGAUAUAACUGUGUAACAGUUUAUUUUUUAGCCUAAAUUUUCAUCAAAGAUUUCUCAGCAACUAUAAAUAGCAGAUGGUUGAAAUUUUCAUGCAGUCUUUGUUUAGGCAUGCCAUAUAAAGGGAUUCAUUUUUUAACAAAUUCGAUGUCAACUUUCUGAUAAUUAAAUGUCGACUUUGCUUAUUUGUAAUUUUACAUCAGAGCAGGGGUAUCACUAGUGAGCAUUGGCUCAGAUAUCUUGUUAUUUUUUCUUUGUCCAUGAUGUAUUGUUUUGUCAGUGAGUUCAUUGUCAUUCAUUGUUAUGGUUUGGGAUACUUUGAUCAUUCAUUUAUUGUUUUUUGUUUAAAUCUGUGUUUGUUAGUAAUUUUACUGCAUACUUUCGAGUACCAGUAAAUUUGUAUAAUGAUAUAUGGUAUUUUUCUAAGAAAGUCUUUAAAGAAUUAAGAUUACUUCAUUUUCACAAUGUUUAGGCUUAUUGUAUUUUUAUUGAACCAUGGAAGGUAACAAUAAGCUAUGGCUUUUUUAAGAAGAUGCACAAACUAUAGUACCAUGUUAUAUCCAUAUUUCUUGGAACACACUGGCAUGUUUUCUAAUGACAUCGUGUUGAAAUUUAAUUUCAUAAACAUAUUUAGAAGGGACAAGUGAUAGUUUUUUGUAGAAAUUUGUUCAUGCAUAUAUAUAUUUAUGUUGUGUGCCAAACAUGAGAUUGAUUUUUGGAGAUUUUAGAUUAUUCUUUAAAUAACCCUGAAUCAAAUUUUCACAAUUUACUGUAAAUGUAUUAUAUUUAGCAUGUACAUUAUUGGCAGAAAUGUUUUAACAAGUUAGUGUGCAUUUGAAUAGUGCAUACCAGUAUUUGUAAAAGUACCAAAAUCUUUUACAUAUAUGCAAGGCAUUUAGCAAUGUUCUUGAUUUAAUAGAAGGGGCUUUACGCCAAAAACCAAAAUAGAAUACAUAGCUAAAUGUAAUAUGUUUACAGUAUUGUAAACUUAUAGAUACUAAGUAUUAAUCAAGAAAGAUUUUAAUCUGGUUGCCAUGACAGCAACACUUGCAUUAUGAACUUAAUUUCCAAAUGGUUGUGUUUGAGACUUCAGUCACCCUUGUAUGAUCUCAUUCCUACAGUAGGUAUAUACACAUGUAUUAUAUAUAUGCAUUACCACUCUUAUUUAAUUUUAUCAAUUGUGAUUCCUUGUUGAUAUUUGAAUAAAGUAGAAUGGGUGAUAUGCUUUUUA